AUGGCUGCAAUACAGGGCUCAUGUCACAACUGUCGGGCGCGAAAGGUGCGAUGCGACCGAAACAGACCCCGGUGUCUCUCCUGUCAGAUGCGGGGUGUUGAUUGCCAGAUACCGGCAGCUUCACCGCGGAUACUCUGGCUGCGGCCGCGAAAUGCUGCUCAUGGCGAGGGUGACGUGGAGGAGUUGCAUGCGCGGCGACGGCCUCAUUUCACAGAAUACCAACUCAGUUGCAAUGCUGCCGAUCUGGUAUGCAUCUUGGGAGGCGUAUCGAUAGCUGCGGCCCUGGUUGAGCUAGACCAACAGGUUGCUAGCCUCCAAGGUAAUGAAGUCACGUCCAUUGGACCUUUCCAUGCAUUUCGGUUCAUGGACGACAUCUCCUCGCCUCAACCUGAGGCGCAGUCGGACACCAGUGCCUUUGCAGGCCUGAACCCGGCAACAUCAGAGGCAAUGUAUGGACUACCAGACGAUCUAGUCUCAACUCCCCAAAUUCUAGCACAGAUCAAUACCCUCGUCUAUACCCACUCAGCUUCGGACUCAUCCCCAUUCACAUUCCCCUUGAAUAUACCACUUGCGCGAAGAACACCAGAAGACCUGGUCGACUUCACGGCCCCCAGCGCAAAACUCCUCCUGGAUCACUACCGCCACACUAUUAUCAAUUAUCUGGCCCCAGCACGUGUGAAGUCCAAAUCCCCUUGGAAGAAAGUCUACAUUCCUAGCGUGCUCAGCGCUAUCGGUGAGAUCCUCCUCCAGGGGGACAGUAGCAACGCGAGAGUGUCCCUUCUCUUCUCGGUCCUUGCGAUUAGUGCCUUUAGUCUAGACGGAAAGAUGCUACUAGAAGAUGAGUACGGCUACCAUGCAAGCGCCCACCUCCUGGGAAAAAUGUAUCGUGCAAGAGCUACUGCACGCUUGAAGCAAUCACUAAGGGACCUGUCCGCGCGCGGUUCGAAGAAAGAUAAGUAUAAGGAUAUUCUCAUGGCACUUCUGAGUAUGGUGACUAUAUGUAUAGUCAGCGGCGACAUGAACAACGCAGCGCACUAUUUACGCGACAUCGAGCAGAUCAUCCACCGGUACGGAACGCGCAAAGUCGCCCGAUCGGCGAAAGUGCGCAUGCUGCACAGCAUCUACCUAUACACGCGUGUAUUGACGGAGCGGUCGUGCUUCGACAAACUAGACUUGAAUGCUACAGCGCGUGACGCUGAGAAGCCCUUCAGCCCCAUCGCGCCCUCACUGCAGGUUUCCACGCUGGACUACAUGGUGGGGCCUACCUACGUACCUGCUGCAAAUAAUUGGAUACGGGACCUGGAGGAUCCUAAUCUGGAGUUCCGGUCCCCUUUCGAGGACAUCUACUCUUUACCGCAGUCGUUGUUUGAGCUCAUCGCCGCGACAACCCGAUUAGCAUCCAGUUUGAGAAGAUCGACCAUGCGCGAGUCUUCAGAGCCAGUACACCACAGUGUGCUUCUCGCGAGUAUCAGAAACCUGGAGACUCGAAUCUGCAGCUGGGAGUACGGCACAGAAAAUAUCAAUAGUGCGGCACCCAGGCCCCCGAGGGAGCGCUCCCCGUACCACCUCGUCCAGGCGGUCCAUAAAGCCCUAAUCAUCCACUUCCGCCGGGCCAUCCGGAACGCCAACGCAACCAUCCUCCAACCGUAUGUCCGCGACGUGAUGCUGCAUCUGCUAGCAUACGACGACUGCAGGCACAGGAUUAAUGACGAAUCGGCAGAUACCUGCUGGCCCGCGUUCAUGGCUGGCUGUGAAGCGCUGGACCCUCGACUCCAGGAAAAGUUCGCCCAGUGGCUGCAUAUCGCAGCACAGACGACUGGGAUCCGUAUGUACAGUGUAGCGCUUGAGGCAAUGCGGCAGGUCUGGGAUGCGCGGAGGCGUCCUGGAAGGCAGGAUGCGGCUUGGUCCCAGGUGCUGUUUGAUUCCAGUGAUCUGAGGGUGUUGGUGCUGAGCUGAGAGCCUGAGGGAGCUUCUUGUAUGACAAAAGUAUCUUGAUAAGCCCGUACUUUUUAUUUGUUCUCAUUGGUCAUUUGCAAUCAGCUUAGCGCGGAGGAACAUCGACAUCAAGGGACAGUUUGAUCCACAGCGACAUGACUGGCCCCUAGGACCGAGACAA